UAUUGCAAAAAGUUGUAGCUUAUCAUAGUCUUCACAAAACCUCUUUCCUUUCUCCCUCUUGCACGCGUACACACACAUGCACAUUGAAAUCUUUUAUAAAGAAAAAUGUUGUUAUGAUGACGCCUAUUUAAGCCAAAGCUGGGCAGUAGUAUUAUAGAGUAUCUGCAUGUGAGGGAAAAGAAUUAAGAAUGGACAAUAUUUGGAUUGUGCUUGUUACAGCAAUUUGUGUGUGCACUUUGAUCCUCUACAGGAACAGGCUUAGACUUAAGCUCAGAACAAAACACAGAAAUCAGCUUCCCUUAGGCACUCUUGGAUGGCCUUUCAUCGGCGAAACCAUCGAGUUUGUUUCUUGUGCUUAUACUGAUCGCCCUGAGAGCUUCAUGGACAAGAGACGCAACAUGUAUGGCAAGGUGUUCAAGUCACACAUAUUUGGGAGCCGUACAAUUGUUUCCACUGAUGCAGAUGUGAAUAAGUUCAUACUGCAGAGUGAUUCAAAGGCUUUUGUCCCUGCAUAUCCCAGGUCUCUCAUGAAGCUGAUGGGGGAGUCCUCUAUUUUGGUCAUCAAUGGUAGCCUGCAUAGGAGAAUACAUGGACUCAUAGGAGCUUUCUUCAAGUCUCAGCAGCUUAAGGCUCAGAUUACCAGAGAUAUGGAGAAAUAUCUCCAAGAAUCAAUGGCGAAUUGGAGAGAGGACAAUCCUGUUUACGUACAAGAUGAAGCAAAAAAGAUUGCCUUUGAUGUACUGCUGAAGGCAUUGAUUAGUUUGGAACCAGGUGAAGAAAUGGAGCUUCUAAGGAAACAUUUUCAGGAAUUUAUCUCUGGUUUCAUGUCUUUACCCAUAAACCUACCAGGAACUAAAUUAUAUCAAUCUUUACAGGCAAAAAAGAAAAUGGUGAAAUUAGUGCAGAGAACUAUCCAAGCUAGAAGAAAGAGUGGCAUCUCCAAAGCUCCAAAAGAUGUAGUGGAUGUGCUUCUUAAUGAUGCAAAUGAGAAAUUGACAGAUGAUUUAAUAGCAGAUAAUAUUAUUGAUAUGAUGAUUCCAGGGGAGGACUCAGUGCCUGUUCUCAUAACUCUAGCUAUAAAGUACUUAUCUGAAUGUCCUGCUGCUUUGCAAAGAUUGACGGAGGAAAAUAUGAAGCUUAAGAAACUUAAAGAUCAGCUUGGGGAGCCCUUAUGUUGGAGUGAUUACAUAUCAUUGCCAUUUACUCAAACAGUUAUCACAGAAACUUUGAGAAUGGGAAAUAUAAUAAUUGGUGUUAUGAGAAAGGCCAUAAAAGAUGUUGAAAUAAAAGGGUAUUUUAUACCACAAGGAUGGUGUGUCUUUGCAAAUUUGAGAUCGGUUCAUCUAGAUGAGAAAAACUAUGAGCUUCCAUAUCAAUUCAAUCCAUGGAGGUGGCAAAAUAAAGACAUUAGCAGUUGCUAUUUCACUCCUUUUGGAGGGGGACAAAGGCUGUGUCCUGGCCUUGACUUGGCCAGGCUUGAAUCUUCCAUCUUCCUACACCACUUUGUAACUCAAUUCAGAUGGUGUGCUGAAAAAGAUACAAUAGUGAACUUUCCCACAGUAAGAAUGAAAAGGAGGAUGCCUAUCAUGGUAAGGAGAGUGGAAACUUGAGUUGCCUUGGCCAGAAAGUAUGAUGCCAGUUCUACAUACUGAUACAUUACAACCAACCAGUAUAUAUUAAAUCACAAAUGCAAAACAAGAGGAAAAAUGGGGGGGGGGCCAGAAAGAUUGGCUAAUGUGGUGGACACACGUGUGGAGGAGCUUCAUAAAUCAUGAGCUUUUCUGUUCCCUUGCAUAUUAGUCUUUGCACAUAAAGAUAAUAGAAAGAUUCUUCUUUUGAGGGACCCAUGAAUUAUGCAUUUACUUUUCACCAAUUCUUCUUUCUCAUUUACCUAGUAUGCAAGGAACAAAAGAUGAUUGUAAUGCAUAGCACUUUCAUCCUGUUUUGAAUCAGAGUUUCUCCUUCUUUUUUC